AGCCCUGGAUUCUACAGUAACUCCUCUUCUGAGAAGGAAGGCGCUCCGUCCCAGUGUUCUCUCUCUGUUGUUAUAUUCUCUAGACACAUUCAGCCAGCCAGGCAGCCAGAUAACCAGGCAGGCAGUAUGGUGGCAGUGGACCUCCAAGGGCUGCCUGAAGAGGGGCGGAACUACCAUCAGUUGCGUCGGCCCUCCAUGGAAGGGGGGCACCACCAGCUGUGUCGGCCCUCCAUGACCCCGUGCCCGAGCAGGGGGCUGCCGCAGAAACAUCCCCAGCAGACCCGCAAAAAGCUCCAAGUCAUCAUCUUCAUCCUGCUGGUGGAGCUGUUUGAGAGGUUCACCUUCUUUGGGAUUGUGUGUAACAUGAUCCUGUUCUGUACUGUGAAGCUGGGCUAUGAUCACUACCAGGCUGCUACCGUUAACCUGUGCUUUGUGGGGGCCAGUACACUCACUCCUGUGAUGGUGGGAUGGUUUGCUGAUACCUGCCUUGGGAGAACCAAGGUGCUCUACUUGUGUACUCUGCUCCAUCUCUUUGGCACUGCCAUGCUCCCAGUGGUGGCGUUCCCGUUCGAGGACUUCUACAUCGACACGCACAACAUGAUUCACCAGAUGGCGCACCGGGAGCAGCACAUCCUGUUCUACACUGGCCUGCUUGCAGCUGCCCUGGGCAUCGGGGGCAUCCGUGCCAUCCUCUGUCCCAUGGGGCCAUACAAACUACAGGGCUACGACCAGCACCAGCUACUCUCCUUCUUCAACUGGUUCUACUGGCUGGUGAACCUGAACUCCACGAUAGUGUUUUUGGGUAUCGCCUACAUCCAGCAGUCAGUGGCCAACAACCUGGGCUUCCUCAUCCCCUUCAUGUCUGUGCUGCUGAUGCUCAUCGCCAUACACAUGGUCAGCAACAACCUUAUCUUCAGGCCCAAGAAAGGCAGUUCCCUGCUGACCACUCUGGGGGUGUUCCUGAACUCUCUGAAGAUGUGCUGCCUGCACUACCGCCACCUGGGUGGAGACGUAGCCAGCUGGCUGGACCGCGCCAAGGAGAACAACGGGGGGUGCUACAGUGAGACACACGUGGAGAAUGUCAAGGUCCUGGCAAGGCUCUUCCCCCUGUACGGCUUGCAGAUACUGUACCGCGCCUGCAUCACUCAGAUUCCAUCAGGUUACUACAUUCAGACCAUGAACUCUAACCUGCACCUGAAUGGCUUCCUCCUGCCCAUUGGUGCCAUGAACCUCAUCAGCAUCCUACCUCUGCUGCUGCUAGCCCCUCUCAUGGAGUGUGUCACCUCCUGCUACCUGUCCAUGGAGAAAACACCUUUCUCCCCCGCCAGAGUCAUCACACUGGGUCAUGCCUGUGCAGCUCUGUCUGUCCUGGUAGCUGGCCUGUUUGAGGUCCACAGGAAGGGCUAUCCUCUGACGGAGCAGGCCCUGUCAGGGAAGGUGCUCCAGGUGUCCUCCAUGGCCUGCAUCCAGCUGGCUCCCCAGUACAUCCUACUGGGUCUAGCUGAGGCCCUUGUCACCCCCUCCUGCUCUGUGAUCUCCUUCCACCUGACACCCAGUCAUAUCAGAGGCAUCUCCCUGCACUUCCUCACCCUGUCCUACGGAGGGGGCUGUUUCCUUGGAGCCCUCAUCAUCCAGCUGGUCUACCUACUCUCUGGAGGUAACUGGUACCCAAACACACUGCAUGAAGGGAAUCUGGAGCAUUUUUUCUUCUUCUUAGCCAUGUUGAUGACCAUAAACACUCUGGUGUUCUGGUGGAUAUCUUACAGGUACCUAAACCUGAGUGUGAUGCAGAGUAGAGGAGUAGGAAGCAGCCUUCUGGCAGAGAAGCUACUGCAGUACAAGAACUGCCUGCGAUUCUACGACACCAUGGAACGCUCCUCCACAAUAGCCUCCAUAGAAACAGUGUUGUGACCUCUACACUACCUUCAUCCCCUGUAGAGCUGGAGUUCCACUUGGUUUAUUUAUGUACACUACAUGACCAAAAGUAUGUGGACCCCUGCUUGUCAAACAUCUCCCAACAUCAUGGGCAUUAAUAUGGAGUUGGACCCCCCUUUCCUGCUAUAACAGCCUCUACUCUUCUGGGAAGGCUUUCCACUAGAUGUUGGAACAUUGCUGCGGGGACUUGCUUCCAUUCAGCCACAAGAGCAUUUGUGAGGUCCGGCACUGAUGUUUGGCAAUUAGGCCUUCCCCAAAAAGCACAGAAUUGUCUAGAAUGUCAUUGUAUGCUGUAGCGUUAAGAUGUCCCUUUACUGGAACUAAGAGGUCUAGCCCUAACAGUGAAAAACAGCCCCAGACCAUUAUUCCUCCUCCUCCACCAAGCUUUAUACUUGGCACCAUACGUUGGGGCAGGUAACGUUCUCCUGGCAUCUGCCAAACCCAGAUUCGUCCGUUGGACUACCAAAUGGUGAAGCUUGAUUCAUCAUUCCAGAGAACGCAUAUCCACUGCUCCAGAGACCAAUGGUGGCAAGUUUU